GCUCAAACUAAAAUAAUCCCCACAAUGCGCAUUGUGGUGAAUCUGUAUUGUUCCGUUUAUAAUAAUUAAUUAAAUACAACUAUUUUUUUAAUAUGUACUUCUAUUCGCUUCCACUUUGUAUAAAGUGUUCAAAAGUGCUAGCGCUACAAGUUUGGUUACACCUGCAAAUAAUUGAGAGCAAAGUUAGUUCCCGAAUCGAACACAUUGUUUUGUAUAUUUUCUACGUUGAUGUCUGACGGAUAUUUGAUGUCUGUUGAAUUCUAAAGGAGUAUGGUUAGACGGUAUUAACUGUGUGAAGUACUCGAAAUAUAAUAUUAUGACUGCACUGUUUAAACAUUUAGAGUCACUUUAUGAAGAACAGUUGUAUUCAAAUGUCAUAUCAGCGGCAAGCUUGCUGCUCUCGCUGAACGACAGCGCCCAGGAAAUAUUUUCGGUCCACUGCAAGUUCCAGGCGCUGGUGUACUAUGCACACUCCUUGUACCACACGGGCCAGUACCGCAAGGCGGAGGUCACGUACCGGCAAGCCCUGCAGUACCGGAAGUCGCUCAUCAAGUCGAAGAGUGCCGGCAAGCCAAGCGAAUCCCCCAAGGACAUUGUAUCCGACUUAGAUCUGAAGUACAAGAUCCACAUGUGCCAUGUAAAUUUGAAGCAAAACAACCAAGCGAUUGUGGUGUUGCAGUCUGUCCCGGCCAAGCAGCGCAAUGCCAGAAUAAACAUGGCCCUAGGCAAGCUGUAUCAGCAGAGCGGAAUGGACCGUUCUGCCAUCACCUGCUACAAGGAAGUCCUUAAGGAAAGUCCUCUAGCCCUGGAUGCUGUAGAAGGGCUUCUAAGUCUGGGCGUCAAAGGUGUGGAAGUACAUUCCUUUGUUCUGGAAAGUGCACCUGCACUUAGCUCCAUGGAAUGGUUCAACUCGUGGAUCAAGGCCCACGCCAGCAUGCACGGCCGCGAGUACGCGCAGGCCAUCGCGACGUUCCAGCAGCUGGACAGCCGCACUGUGCUGCGCGACAACGUGAACCUGCUCGUGUCCCUGGGCGAGAGUUACUACCACGUCGGGGACAACACCACCGCCAUCAUGAUACUCCAGAGGGCACAGUCGCUAGAUCCGUUCAUGGAGCGUGGCCUAGACAUCCUAGCGGCUCUGCUGUUCAAAGAGGACCGCAUCAAGGAGCUGGAGAAGCUGGUUCCGUCCGUCUUGACUGUCCCCGAGUACAGCAGCGAAGUCCUGGUCGCCAUGGCUUACUACUUCUUCGGUAUCAAGAAAAACACUCGCGCUGUGUAUUUCGUGCAGAAGGCACUUUUUAUGAACCCUCGCAAUGUGGAAGCCCUUAUUUUGAAAGGUCUAAUACUUUUUGAGCUGAAGAAGCACCAGGAAUCGGUGCUGCACUUCCGAGAAGCGAUGCAGAUCUCGUCGUACCGCUACGAGUCUCACAAGGGCAUAGUGGACAACUACAUCGCCAUGCACAGGAUACGAGAGGCGCUCACGAUGGCCAGCAAUGCUUGCAAGCAGCUGGGGCAAACGCCUCGCUCUCUCACUCUGUAUGCCAGUGUCAUGCUCCGCGACCCUAUGUCAGUGUGCAAGGCUAAAGGACUUCUGGAGAAAGCACUUGCUCAGGAUGAUAAUUAUCUUCCUGCUGUGUAUCUUCUAGCUGAAAUAUAUGAGCAGGAGAUGGCGCUGGAAGCUGCGAUAGCUCUGCUCGAGAAGCGGGUGGAAACCAAACCAACGUGCAAGCUGCAUCAGAUGCUGGGGGACCUGCUCUCCCGGAUACACGAGGACGAGAAGGCCCUGGGCCACUACACCAUAGCACUGAACCUGGAGCCCAACAACAGGCGUGCGCUGGAAGGAGUGCACCGGCUCGACAACCCCACCUCGAAGCUGGACCCGUCCUUCUACAUGACCGUGGGCGAGGACGAGCCUCACGACCAGACGUACGACCGCAUCUCUGCCGACUCUGAAAACGAGGCACUCAUCGAUGUCCUGAUGAGUGGCAGGACCUCGGAGUCGACGAGCGGCCAGGGCAACACGGCGAGCCACGGCCUCCUGCCCUUGUGGAGACAGAACGCGGAGGCAGAGGAGAGCGAGACGGAGGGGGUGUGGUCUGACAUGGACCUGGAACUGAACAGCCAAUGAUGAGCGCAGGAUUCGCAUCGCAGUUAACCAAGUCUAGUGCUGUGGACAAUUUUCAACCAAGACUGUUCUUUUUUUGUUGAACAGAGUUUUAUAUUUUGUCAUGUUAAACUUUUUAGUGGCUUUUUUUUUGCCACCUUAAUGCAUUUGGCAAGACUGUACAGCUUUUUUUUUUCCAAAUGAAUUAUUAUAUGUUCGUGCUUUUGCCUGAUAGUCUUAAAAUAAAUUUUACUUUCUAUUUGAAAUGAAGAGGAACAUGUGUUUUGAGCUUUGCUUAGUUCAUUAUUAAUCAGGAUACAAAAUUAGAUUUUAAUAAUGCUAUAUAUUUCUUCUGUGAUAAAAUGUUAUCAAAUGAAGCUAAAAAAAUAUAUCUUAAAUUGUAUAACUUUUCAUCGUAUUGUAAACCUUAAUUAACUUUUUUCAUAUUGAAUUAUUGAUACAACUGCCUGUACAACAUCUCAUUACCAAUGAAAACAUGUUUUUUAUUAUUCUAAUACAUUUUUUUUUAUAAUUUCAAAUUUGUGGACAUUGUUUUUCAACUUCAAGCACAUAAAAUUGAUUUCAGGAAGAAAAUAUUCCAAGGUCUUGUAGCUCUGUUCAGUCACUGAAGCAUCUGUCCUUGUUUAUACCAGUGCUAUGUAUCAGGAUUUUUUUUUAAAAAAAAAAAACACAUUUAUAUUCAAAGUUGAAUAAAACCAUCAACACAUCACUAGCUACAUAUUGAAAGUAUUGAAAGGAAAUUAAAAAAAUGUUAUCUUGUUUGGGAACUAAAGCUUUCAAGAAAAAGAUCAUUUCAUUGACUUUUUAUUUUAUCAUAAUUUUAAAUGAUCAUUUAUUUUAUAUUCCACAUUCCUUGUUUAUUUGUAGAAUGAUGCUGGUGUGAAUUACUCAUUACUAAGACUAGGGCAGUGUGAUUCUUAAAUCCUCAAUUUUAAUUCAAGGCCCAGUAAAAUUCCUCAGCUUUGGUUUUUCAAAAUUUGAUGAAAGAAGAGCAGGGGCGGCUCCGAGGCAGGUAAAUCAGGGCAACCGCCCAGGGCCCUGCCACUGGCCAUUUUAUUUUUUAUAAUCAUUUUCGUAUAAUUUUUUUGUGAAGAAUCAUGGGAAUGGGAAACUGAAUAAUUUAAUUUUUAUUCACAUAUUUCAAUAGAGUUUUCAUUUUUUCAUAUACAGUGUAAAUUCGAUACAUAACGACACAUAACGUACUCAGCAUUUUUCGAUGUUAUAGAGAGUGGUCGUUAAAUGGAGAGAAAUAAAAGAUAUAAUUUUACUAUUCUAUAAUAAUGUGUAUUUACUAAUAUAGUACACAUUUUACACACGAACAUUAAUAUUCAUACAAAUAACAACACUUAUUGCGUGUAGACUGUUAUCUUCGUCUGAUGUUUUUUGCUGCUCCAAUAUUUUAAUUGUAUUUUCUUAUGUAUUUUACUGAUAUCUUGAGAUACUGCCGGAUCACCUUGAUUAUAUAAAAAGUAUUUUUUCUAAUAGUUUCGCUGCAUCAAGUGCUUAAUAAAACUUUUUCGUCAAUACAUAAAGAUUUUCGUUUACUCGCUAUGUUUUUAGUUCGAAAAUCUGAAAGCAACUGCGAAAAUGAUAACGUGUAACAACUUGACAAUAGUCUAGUGACCUAGGUAAACAUGUGCAAAUUCAUCAUGCAAAAACAAAAGACAAAAUUUCUUAGAACCUCCGGUACGUCAGUCGAAAUAACACGUGCUAGAUAAUAAAACAACAUAACAGCAAACAAAAGAAAGUACACACCUGUAGUUCUUAUCAACUUCGGAAACUUAGAAAGUACUGCUUAAUGAUUUAUAAUGCCGUAUUGUUGUUAAAUAGAGUGAGCGUGACGCUAUAUAGAGUGUAUUAUUGUAUAGAAAACAAGGUAAACAAACCAAAGUCAAGCAAUUUCGAUGUUUUAAGGAGUUUGUCGUUAAAUCGAGUGAAGUUAUAAAGAGUUUACACUGUAUUUAAAAACCUUAAAAGAUUUCAUUACCUGACAUCCUGUUCGUGGUGUGAGUAAGUGUGUGUUUGAAUUGCAAAUUUGUUGACAAAAUUGUCACGCAACCUGAUGUACAAAAAUUGGUUGUUUUUCGUAUUUCGAACUUGGUAUCAAAGUUAUGAAAAUAAAUUUUGAAUUCACCAUAGCUAUUGGUUUUAACCUUCAACACGCACAACUGAUAUUAUUAUUUUUGUUUUAAUUUAAAAAAUUUGUGAGGAUUUCAUUAUAGUAAAAUUUUGUAAAUUUUAAUUUCAUGUGAUAAUUGAUUCAUAUAAUUUUAUAUUAAAUAAUAUCAUUGAAACUUAGGUGUGAGGUAUGUAUAUAUUUCUUUAAGUUUUAAUACCAUUUGAGGCAUUUUUAGAUUGGUCUAAUAAACAAUAUUACCUACCAAUUAAGCAAUUUGAAUUCAGAAGUUCUUUUGUGUUGCUCAGAAAAUAAUCCAACAUUCUGUCACUAUGUCUUCUGACAACUCCUAAGUAGUAUGCCUAGAUGGGAAAUGUGGCAAAUAAAUGGUUCAUUUAAUUUCA